AUGCAUCAAACAAUCCCCAGUUUCGAAACCUAUGGUCCCGGGUCCUUCAUGAACGAGGAGUAUAUGGAUAUUCCUACCGAUUCCCGCUGUAUAUUGUCUCUCAUUGCCAAAUCUACCCCUGGCUUCACUCAGUCCCAGGAUUCUCUGAGUACUAUGACCUCUGAAGGAGGUUCAGACCCCAUCACUCCCGGUCCGAUCAAGGCCACUGCAGUUGCAGCUGCUCUACAUGCCCUGUGUGGUAUUGUUGCCAAUGAAAUACUUGAAGAAAGGGAUGGAAAAGAUAAUAAUCGCCAAGUGAGAAUCAAUACCGAUCAUACUGCUUUCUGGCUUAGCACAGUUGGGUUAUUCCAGUGGAAUAGAAUGAACAUAAAAGCAAUCGUCGAUGCCGGGAAAAUGAAGGAAUUUUUCAAAGUUGAUUUUGAAAAGGGAGCUUCCGGAAUAUCUCUUUGA